UGUUUGGGACUCUGGGUUAAGCGCUGUUGCCUUCAUUAACUCUUUAUAUAUAUCUUUCCUCUUUCUGGUUAAAUUCGAGGAAGCAUGAGGCCGUCGAUUUGCUCAAUGGAACACUGUUGGUUCUGUGUUCUUCUUGGUUUAGAAACCAGUGACUACUUACCCUUAUCUCAUACUCUCAGAGAUUUCAACGAUUCCAGCAAAACCCAGGUUUAUGUGCAGUUCGGUAGGGGGUGCUGGUUCUGCAGAUUUUAUAUGAUGAUGUCCUGUUUGAUAGCAAGAACAAUGGAGGCUUGUUUCCGGGGAUGCAGCCACGUCUUUGAGCUUGUGGCGGGUACAGGUGCUCUCGAUGACGCAAAACUUCCUAACCUCAAUAAGGCUCAGUCGACUAGUACUGGAAGCGAAACUAUUAGCAGGAAAGACUUCCCCGCUGAUUUCAAAUUUGGUUGCGCCACUUCUGCUUUGCAGACGGAAGGAUCCGGAACUGAAGGAGGGAGAGGACCAGCGAUAUGGGAUAAAUACAUACAAGAUGGCACUCCAGGCACAAAAAUUGCCGUUGAUUCCUACCACCGGUAUAAGGACGUGCAACUGCUCAAGGCAAUAGGAGUGGAUACUUACAGAUUCUCCAUGUCUUGGUCAAGAAUUCUCCCUGGGGGAACCAUAGACGCUGGAAUAAACCAGGAGGGUAUCGAUUUCUAUAACAACUUUAUCAACGACCUAAUUGCGAAUGGGAUAACUCCAUUUGUGACACUGUUCCACUUCGACUUGCCCACAGCACUGGGUACUAAAUACAACGGUUUUUUAAGCAUUGAUAUCGUGGAUGAUUUUAAAGCGUAUGCGGAUUUAUGUUUCAAAACUUUUGGCGAUCGAGUGAAGCAUUGGGCUACUAUCAACGAGCCACAAGUGUGGGGGGAAUACGGCUUCACUAACUCAGAUCCAAACGCAAACGCUGCCACAGAUCCUUUCCUCUCUACACAUCACGUUUUAUUGGCUCACGCUGCUGCCGCCAAACUCUACAAAAACACAUACCAGGCUUCACAAGGAGGAGAGAUUGGAAUUCCCCUGGUUGUUGAAUGGUUUGAGCCAUUUGAGGACACCAUGCCAGAUAAAGCUGCGGCCCGUAGAGCAUUUGAUUUCUUAGUCGGAUGGCUUAUGGAGCCACUUGUAUAUGGUGAUUACCCGUUCAUUAUGAAAGCUCUAGUAAAGGAUGGACUUCCAGAAUUCACUGAUGAGCAGAAAGAGUUGGUGAAAGGGUCAUUCGAUUAUAUUGGGGUGAACUACUAUACUUCCCGAUUCGCGGCUCCAAUAGCAAUAGUCGCCGGUGAAGAAAUUACCAGCUCUGAUCAGUACCAGCACGUUAACAUCACAGUGGAUGGACCAGAUGGUGAACCCAUAGGCCCUGCAACACCAGGGAGCAGUCAGAUCUACGUUUACCCAGAAGGUCUGAAAAAGGCAUUGAUUUUACUGAAGGAAUACGGCAACCCCAAAUUCUACAUUACUGAGAAUGGGUAUCCAGAUAAACGAGAUGACACCGUUCCACUUUCAACUGCGUUGAUUGACGAUGCUCGAAUUCAUCAUAUAAAGGAUCAUCUCACCGCCAUUAAAGAGGCCAUGAACACCGGAACAAAUGUGAAGGGUUACCUGAUGUGGGCGACGUUGGAUUGCAUGGAGCCGGGAUCAGGCUACCAAGUUCGAUUUGGUCUGAAUUACACAGAUUACCUUAACAACUUGAACCGAACUGCCAAGAAAUCUGCCGGCUGGCUCAAAACUUUCUUGGCUUCCAAGUAAAGGACUGAUUGAAGCUCUAUCUGAGCAAACAUUUCUGGCCAAAAGGAAAGGAAGCAUCUGUAUUCAAAUUGUACGUUGUAAGUAACUAAGUUAACCAUAUGUCUAAGUAUGGUUAAAAUGUCUAUUUGUUUAUUAGAUAAAAUAAACCUGCAGUUAGGUAUCAUUAGGCAGCACUAUAUACAGAGAUAUAGUAAUAUAUAAACCCUUCGUUCAUUAUUUCUCAUGUUGAGUUUUCCUAAUGAGUCAUUACCAACUUGAUGAUGCAUGGUUUCUCUAAGAGUUGUGCCGAUGGAUCAUUUGUGAAUCAUCUCGAUGCUUGUAAAACCUUUAUUUGCUCUGUCAUUGUUUGUGAAAGAUCAUG